AUGGCAAACCGUGGCUCUUAUCGCACGCUCGACCUGGCAACGAAAGUCGAGGUUUUGAAGGCAGUUGAGAAGGCAGGUGCCGCCAAACAAGACAUAGCGCGGAAGUACGGGAUCAAGCCGAACACGCUCUCAAACUACAUCAAGAACAAGCGCACAAUAAUGGAUGCAUUUGAGAACGACAAGUUCAAGACUUCUCGGAAGCGAAUGCGCACCGGCGCUUACCCAGAGUUGGAGAAGGCUCUGUUGGUUUGGAUUAGGGAGGCCAGGAGCAACAAACUUCCUCUCAGCGGAGACAUCGUUGCGACAAAAGCCCGAACGCUUGCAGCAAUGUUGGAGAUCGAUGACUUCGUUUCGUCAGAUGGAUGGCUGACGCGCUUUAAAGAUCGCCAUGACCUGGUUUUCAAGAGCGUGUGUGGUGAAAAGGCGUCCGUUAACCAGGAAACAUGCGCCACGUGGAAGGACAGAAAGCUGCGUGAACAUCUCGCCGAAUACAGACCGGAAGACAUCUUCAAUGCAGAUGAGACUGCACUCUUCUAUCGGCUUCUACCAGAGAAGACCCUGACAUUCAAGGACGACGACUGGGUUGGGGGCAAACGCAGCAAGGAGAGAGUGUCGGUGCUGAUCGCUGCAAACAUGACUGGCGCGGAACGAUGUCGGUUACUUGUGAUCGGGAAAGCCGCGAAGACGAGAUGUUUUAAAGGCGUGAAGACGCUGCCUGUGGACUAUGAGGCGAACAAAAAAGCAUGGAUGAUGGCCGAAAUCUUCAAGAGCUGGAUAAGCAAACUGGACCGCAAGUUUGCUGCUUCGAACCGCAAGGUGUUGUUCCUUGUCGAUCGCUGCAGUGCUCACGUGAAUGUGCCAGCCUUGAGUGCAAUACGCCUCACAUUUUUGCCUGCAAACACAACGGCUGUUUUGCAGCCAAUGGACCAAGGCAUCAUCAAGAAUGUUAAAGUCCUGUACAGGCGGCACCUCCUCGAGCGCAUUAUUUUGUGUAUGGAUAGCUACACAAAGUACGAGGUGAGCCUGCUUAGUGCCAUCCACAUGAUGGCGCGAGCAUGGGAUCGUGUGAAGCAAGAAACAAUCGCAAACUGCUUCAGGGCUUGCGGUUUUGUGGCAGCUACUUCUGAGGAUGCCUCUGAAAUUUCAGCGGAGGAAGCGUCAACAAGCGAGCUUGACGGCACUGAUUUUGGUGAUGCUCUCGGGGACGUCAAUUUUGAAGAUUACGUCGCCGUAGGCAAGGCGGUCGAAACGUGCGGUGCGCUGACGGAUAGCGAAAUUGUAGAGAUUAUUCGGCCCCAGGAAGCGACCCAGGAAAGCGACGAUGACGUUGAAGGCGAGCCGCAACCUACGGCUGCCGAUGUAGCUGCGGGCCUUGCUCUCGCGGAGCGCUUCUUGGCCGCUGAGGGUAACGCGAAAGAAGCGUUCCGCCACAUCUACAGCCUGCAGAACUUGCUUUCAGCAGCGCGAUUCGGCAAGAAGAAGCAAAGCAAGAUGACCGACUAUUUUUCUUAG